GACACUCCGAGAAAAUUCGAUGAAUUUAGAUCAAAUACCAAAUUCCAGUCUCGUUUGAGCCAACAAACACACUGAGACAAAAACUAAUUCACCCAAGGACAAGACUCCCAAGGGCAAACAAAGCGACAUAGUCUACGCUAUUCAAUGCUAGGACAAUGUGGCGCACUCUGAAUAGCCAGUAAGUCUUGGUUGCAAGACUUUCCAGUAGUUCAUUCUGCGAUACGAACCAUCAGACACUGUUACAAGGAGCUAUCACCACGCGAAUAUAUGUAUCUCAGGAAGCGACUCGUGUGGAGACAGCACCCCGUAACAGUGCCCGUGUGAUGGUUCGUGUCGCAGAAUAAACUACCGAAAGGUCUUUGAACCAAGACCCAGCUAUAGUAGUAGUGAUGGGGGAACGAAAGAAACAUUGGUGAACUGCAAGUACCAACACGUUGUGGAGACUGCGGUCAACAGCACAAAACACCACCUUUGAUGAAGACGUUGGCAUUCUGGACAGGGAGGCCAGAUGGUUUGAAAUGGGGGUAAAUGAAUAAAAGUAUAUGGAGGAAUCAUCUCUCGGCAAAGAAGCAAACAUAUUUACGCCAUAACUUGGUGGCAACAAUACAAUUAACCCUAACCCUCCUCAAUCCUUCACCUGUUGGAGGAUUGAGGAGGGUUAGGGUUAAGCUUUGAGGAAGAUCCCUCGACGGUUGAUAAGUCUUCGACCUCGUCAUGGGUCGUCAACCCUUUCCCGCCAGAAGAUCAGUUGGUCUGAAGAAGCAUCCAGGAUAGGACGUUAAACCGUUGCAAAUUAAAAGAUUUUCACGGAAGAAGUAAAACCUUCAGAGGAGACCUUUGUUAACGGUGUACAUCUUACUGGCAUGGCCGAUAUCUUGCAGCUUAUGUGCUGUAGAAAUCUUUUGCUACUGACCUAGAAAUUAACCAGUUGUGGACACGCUGGGAUGCAACCAAUACGAAUCAUAACGAGGGUGACUGGUUGCCUGGCUCUGAGGAUGCUGGUUCUUAAGCGCUGGAGAGGAUGCUGAGGGUGCACAGGAGCAGAACAGCUUUCUUGGCGGAUCCGCUGGACUGAAAGGCCACUGAGUGCGCUCACUGAUGCGUGACAGUGGGGCACUGGGUGCAGUGAGUGGAGGAACUAGUGUCUUGGGUAUGGAUGACCCAUUGGUCUGGGAGGGUAAUAUGGAGUCCCAGAUACUGCUGAUGUGGAACCCAACGUCUUGGGGGACUGUUUUGUGCUUUUAGAUCUCGAUUGCUUCCCUAACGCGUCUUGGGUACCAUUUCAGUGUUUGCCCCUAAGGCUUGUGAAAAAAAUACAAGCGUAGCCUACUCGGGUGAGACUUCAACCCACGACUUCCUGCUUACUAAUGCAUACGUCUUCACUCGACCAUGCAGCGAGCUUGCCGGUGUCGGCUGGCUGGGUCGAAUCAGAUGUAGCAGGUAGUGCAAACAACUAUUUCCAAGGAUGAAUUUGCGCCUGGGAGAUGUUAAUUAAUUUUGGAUUUUUGUCUUACCCGACGUGUGUUAUAACAGUGUACACUCAGUGUUCUCCUGAGUCGAUCUGAAACGACCAAGCACAUAAUGGGUGUACCAUCUUAGUCAGAGAGUAAAAGAAAAUCAAAAGAGGAACAUUUCAAGGGAUUUUGCCAACAAUUUUUCUUUUGCCUUUUUGGAGGAGAUAUCAGGGAGGUCUGCCUCUCCCCGUCGUGUCACAACUGCACCUUCAAUAGCCUUACGUCCCAACGACCUAUUAGGGUCAGCAUGACAUAUCAAAGUUUAACACCCACUGAAAGAUUAAAAAUUCCUCUCUGUGAUUUCUUUCUAAAGUUUUGUUGACACGGUGCACGGUAUUAUCAGGAAAGUUUCUUUUACAAAUACGUUACUGAAGUUUGUCCUUUUAAAGUAAACCCUCCACAAUGAACACGCUGUGGCGUACUGUGUCCAUUUACAUGUAUGCACGAUAGGAACAAAGAGCAGCUUGUUAAAUUCAAACGGUCAUACAUUUGUCAUUCAGUCCGCUCCCUCCUCACCUCCAACUUCGUGUUUAUGUGACGUCAGUUGUCCACUGGCUUAAGGAUCAAGGUGAGAGAAUGCUCGUACUUAAAUUUUUAUGUCAGAAUGUUAUGGUAGAUUUCCAUUGAGGUCGUUCCUCGUUUGUGUAUGUCAUUUAUGACACCCAUCAUUAGGGGUCAAACUAGCAAGGUUGAAUUACACUAACCGAAACAAGGCCUAAUGGUCUACAAUCCUUCAAUAUGAUUUUACAUACACCCUAUUGAGUUAGGGCUAAUUGUCCACGGUUUUAUUUGUCAGAUUAAACUUUAUCACUUUACAAUCAGUGAUAACAUGGCAUGAGGAAUGUACGUUAUUUGAAAGGCUAUUCAAGAAAAUCUUCAUUAUCAAAACAUUACACAUGUGUUCACUUAAAGUGUGGUUUAAUUUAGGCAUUGUUUAGAAAUUUCAGGAGCCUCUCCAAAUAUCUUCAUUUCCUUUAAAAAGCACAAUUUGGUGGAAAUCAAUUUCUUAUAAGAACACAAAGAAGUCUAACAAGUGUCAACCAAUUUCCCAUAAAUCGUCGAAAUUUUUUAACAGAAUCUAAAACGUGUCUCCGUGCGCGUGUUAUUUAUGCUUUGUCAUUCAAUUUCUUCAGUACUGAAAACGUGGUUUUUUUCAGAUGGCAAAAUUGCAGAAGGCUUCUUUGUCUGAUGGAUAUCAGGUUCGACUCAUGAUGUGGACAGUUCCUCGCUCCCUAUCAACUGUUCUUGCAAAAUGUCUAACAGCUGUCGAUAAAUCAAAGGUUUUCUUCGAACUCUAUGUUCAUGCCCAUUGGAAAGAUCCCAAAAAAGACCAUGACAUGUUCGAUACCUCAGAAAUAGGAAAGAAAUUCGCAGCUUCUCAAAAAAGCUUCACUGAAAAGACAGGGAUAUCUGCAGAAAGGGAUGAUUUUCCGUCUAGCUUUCUAUCAAUCAAGGAAUUACUUGAGGAAGCUCAUGAUGGAAAGAAAUUCAUACUCUGCAAAGAUAUGGCCCACGCGGUUACUCAUCGUCUAGGGUUCCUUCCAAAGGAUUACCGUCAUUUGUUUCUCAUCCGUCAUCCCCUCAAGGUCUUCCCAUCUUGGAAAAAAAUAUUUCUACAGUCAGUUCCAGAUAUGUCUCCAGAUGAAUUUUGCUUGGAGGAUCUGCCCGAGAAUAUUUUCCCGAAAGGUUAUGGCUACCAAGAAAUCAGUGAGUUGGUUGAUUACGUAAAGAAGGAGCUUGAUCCAAACGCAAUCAUCAUCGAUGCUGACGACCUUCUUCAAGAUCCAAAAAGUAUCCUGUCAGCUGUCUUCAAAGAUAUCGGGCUGCCCUUCGAUGAGAAGAUUCUUCACUGGGAAGCAGGAGAUGCAGUCACUCACCAGUGGACCAUCCCACAGUACUUUUUGCAAGGAAACCAGUUUGGAGGAUAUUACCAAAACGCAUUGGACAGUACGUGCUUCCUGAACACCAGGCGUCUCCCGGAUCGCUCGUCUAUUCCUCCAGACUUGCUCCGUUUGGUAGAGGUAUCUGUGCCAUACUACGAGAAGAUGUAUAAUUCGCGUUUAUCUGCCAAAGAGGAGUCAGACACAAAACGAAGAUCAUUGCAUUCAUAAAUUUAUCAUUUUCAAUAAUGUGAAAGUGAUAGUUCACCCUGUUGGUCCAUAAUGCAUUGCGUUGUUCUCUUUCUGGUCACCUUAGGGCUUGGUGGGUGUAGACGGAUGGCGGCUAGAUACCAUUUUGAACUACGUGUAAGCUGAUGUGUUUAAAAUAAGCAUUGAUUUUAUCUGAGGCCAAUUGUAAGUGAUUUAUUAUUUAUUGUAUUUCAGUAUGCAUUGUGUAUGCAAAAUCAAAAUGACGAAGAAGAGAACAUGGGAAACGAGGAAGCAAACAUGCACUUGCAUCAUUUCGUCCUUAAACAGACAUGCAAAAAGAUAACAAACAGACAUGAACGGAUAGCCAAAGUAGAUAACUAGUGCAACAUGUAAACGCUAACCAAAUAUAACGCUAUUCCGAACACAGAGCCAAGCCCUUGGCAAAUAAGGAUAUCAAAUUCCAAAGUUAGAUAUUAAAAUGCAAAGUGCUUGAAGUUGGAGAUUACUAGUGCUAUAACUUCGAAACUCACAAUACACAAUUUAUUGUAUCGACAUAUACAUCGAGGGUUUUGAAUACACGUGUAAAUAUCGUUGGCUGUUUGGGAAAUACAUAUUUGGCAGAGUUGGGAUGAUUUCCAUGAGAAUUACCCAGUGGCGUAACUCUGUGCCGGAAAUUUGGGGGAUGGGGGAAAGGUGGGUCAGGGAUGACCUGCCAGGGCAUUAAAAAUAUGAAAAGCGGGGGAACACCAUAAUAGACUCCAUAGGGGAAGAUGUUCAUGAUAAAGAUGUACAUCUGUAAUGUGUAUCAAAUUCAUGUAGAAUCUUACAUCAGAAUGGCUUUAUUUAAGACUUUUAAAAUUGUUCUUUUUAUUUGUAUUCCAAACGUUGCAUUUAUUGGGAAAUCCAAACAUUCUUCGCAAUCCACUUUAACUUCAUAACUCAUCACCAAAUGUGGGGGGUCAUUCAAUAGCCCCUUCCCAACCUAAAAAAGGUGAGGGAAGAUAUACCUCUCCCCCCAGGAUUUCUGCCGAUGGAAUUACCGUUGUGUGGUGUACUUAUAGUCCAAACGUUUGGCAUACCUGCCAGUUGUACCCAAGUCUUUGAGCUGGUUAUAGUGUCAUCUUUUGAUAUGAACUUUGCAGUGGUUGAUAUCAGGCGACUUGAUUGGACGGAGCAUGAAAAAUAAGUAAUGAAUGCACUCGAGUGAAGGGUCGAUUGUCAUCUGACCUGUUUGGUUUAAGCACAGCCUUGUACGAUUAUCAUUGUUCAAGUAACUCUUUUUUUAUCUAAUGUUCGUUUUAUGCACUAUUGUUUAAUCAUUCCGAAUUCCCACGGAUGAAAUAACGAAUUGAGUAUAGCAGAGAUCCCUGUAAUCCAAGUAUUUGUUAUGUUUUAUGUUGGAUGUUCUUCUGUUACAUUGUGUUUUACAAAUCUAUAGUUAUUAUGAACUACAUUUAGAAAUAAUUAGCCAGUUGUGACCAAGCUGGGAUCCUGGCAAACAUGAGUCAUAGCAUCGACCAAGUCAUCAGUAAUUUAAAUAUUCAUUUAAUAUGGAACUGAAAAUACCAGAGUGUUGCAGUUUUAGAAAUUUCUUCAGUUUCUUUCCAUACAGAGAAAAAGUUGAAUCCACUGCAUAUUAUUUCAAAGUCGAAUAUUACAACUACAUGUAUGCGUAAAACCUGUCGAAAUACUGUAGAUCACACGCUAAUACUCUCGUCAUAAGUUUGGGAAUAUAGCGGGGCGUCCUCUGAUACACUUAUCUGGCGCUUUUUAAAUCACAUGAGACACUUUAAACUCCAACCACUGUUAUCAAACUGCAACGACCUUUUUCGCAAUUCCCCCCAUUUUUAUUUGAGCU